AUGUCCCAGGAAGCAACAAUGGAAGGCUUAAGGAACCUGUACGAACUUCUAAAAGAUGAGCGCAUUCCUCAUGAUAGCUGGAAGCCAGUAAUUAAAUGUUUGAAAGGACUUGGCAAUGAGGAUGCUCGGGUUUAUAAAAUUUGUUUUGAAAAGGAUCACGUGGCAUUGAUGGAAAACAAAGAGUGUUGUGUGGAUUGUUAGCCUGAAUUUCAUCCGAUUACUUCGAGUCGUUAUUACUCCCUCAGUAACGUCUGAAUCGACCGACCGUUAAUGCCGUCCAGUGACGUCACUACUCCUUGACCUUUGCUUUAAUUCAUGCAAAAAGUAAAACACGAUUUUCAAGUGGCAAACCGAGAAAUAUCGUUUGGAAAUGUCUGCAUGAUACAGAAUGGCUUCACUUUUUUCGAUCAUAGUUCAUGUUUAACGUUCAAACUAUCAACUGCACGCAGUACAACUCUGAACCGGUUGUACUGAAUUCUAUAAUCAAACGCGGUGGCAAUCACGCAAUGAAAUACACACACAAACUUAGUUCAAAAACACAAUGAUUUGCUUUAAUUGAAAAGAAGCUAUUUGGUCCUUAAUGAAGAAAAAAAAACAAGAAAACAAGAAAGAAAAGCUAACAGAAUCAUUACACUUGAAGGUAGAGAAGGUAGAGAAGGCUUGAAGGUAGAAUUAUAAUAUUGAUCUCAGAAAACUUCGCGUAAACAAAAUCACCGGCCGCCAAAACCACAAAGGGGCUCCAAAUGAAAAACCUGCCGACACUCCGCAAUGAUUCUUCAUUCGCAGUUUAAUUUAGCAUUUCAGUUUUGAAGACAAGGGCAAUUUUGCUGUUUAAGAUAAAGAUUAAGCUUAUCGAAAUGUUUGAACUACGCUAAAGAAUGCCAGGGAUGCGAUCCGCUGAAUACACAGGAAAAAAUAACGGAUUCCCAUUUUUGGACAUUUUAGGGUAUUUAAAGAAUACCCAUAAAAAUCCCAAAUUUGGCAAAUUGAGACAAGUGCCAACCAGGGGAUUCCCAACCAAGUUCCCUAAUUGGGAGUUCUCUCACUCUUCCAAAUUUGGGUUUUUUGUGAGUAUUCUUUAAAUUCCCUAAAAUAUCCAAAAAUGGGAAUCGGUUAUUUUUUCCUGUGAUAUCAAGCGACAAUCCAGCUAAUAUUUUUCAUAAUUAUACAUAAUUAUGCGAAUGUUUAGACAAUCAACCAAUCAAAAUCACUAUCCGGUUUUCGGGUAGUGAGUGACGUCACUGGACGGCAUCAACGGCCGGUCGAUUCAGACAUGAAUUUCAGGCUAGUGGAUUGUGGGAAGGAAUGGAAAAAGGGAAUUGAUUAUUAUGUUCUCGGUUUUUGUUUUGAUGAUGCUUUCGUAAAUAAUGAAUACCUGGUUCAGCAUAUGCAACAUUGGAAAGAAAAGGAUCAGUGGUUCAACCACGAAGACGCAACAACAAACCGCAAAGAAAUUUGGCAUGGAUCGCGGUUCAUCGAACUCUCUUGGGACAGUACAAAGGAGACUUCACUACCGAGCCUUCGUCCCAACUGUGGUUCGACAUGUAUUUUUCCUGCUGAGUUUUUACAGAUGCAUGAGCCUGGAACUGGAGAUCUUUUCACAAUGACUUGUGAUGAGUGUUUUGAGGAAGUUGAGAUUACUGCUAAUUUCAUGAAAGGAUCUCCUCUAAACCAAGCAUUCAUCUUCCAGGAAGAUGGAUUCAAUGCGUUUUAA